UAAUUACCAAUAAGCCUAGUUUUGGGUAAAGUCUUCUUCAGUUCUUUUGUCCCACAGCGAUGAUGCAGUUCGUAUUGUGACUAUUGUCCCUAGUUGAGACCGGAGCGUUCAUCUUCUUCUGUAUUAGUCGAACCCCAAACCCCCAACGAUGGAGAGGAAGACUAUCUCCCGUAGAGUCAACCCAUCACCACUGAGCUUCUCCUCGUCCGCCGCGGAAACCGUCGCCGACAUCGAAGAACUUCUAACAGAAAUCCUUCUCUGUGUGCCAGCUCGAUCAGUCGUUCGUCUCAAAUGCAUCUCCAAGCAUUGGCUCUCUCUCAUCUCAAACCCCGAGUUCGGUCACCGCCACACCCUCCAAAACCCGAACCCCAAAGUCUCUGCUUUCUUCUCCCACACAACCCAAGACUUCACCUUCAUUUCUCUCCAUAAAAACCCAUCUGGGUCUUUCCCACCUCGUCUUUUUGUCCAUGACCUUCACACUGCUAACCAUCAACGCUCUAUCAACCCCUUCAAAAGUCUCAACAUCUUUAAUAGUUUCGUCCAAGGCGAUCGGAAUGGGUUUGGGUUGAAGAUUCUUCAGUCCUGCAAUGGCCUCUUUCUGUGCAUUCCAUUUUCUACACACAAAAGAAGACACUAUCAUUCCAUCUAUUUUGGCAAUCCCACAUCACAAUAUCAUUCUAUCUAUGUUGUCAAUCCCGCCUCCAACCAAUUCUUGGCUCUUCCGCCUCCGAGGGCUGGGAAAAGCACAGAAUUCGUGCGGUAUGCUCUGGCUUUUGACCCUUCCAAAUCGCCUCAUUACAAGGUGGUCUGCCUUAGUACUACCCGCAAGCACAAUUGGGUGCACCAGGUGGACGUUUAUUCGUCUGAGACUCGAUCUUGGAGGCUUCUCGAGACGCCUUACGCCUCCAGGGACCUUGAUAUGCACUUGGAUGGCAGGAGCAGUGUACUGCAACGGCACGAUUCAUUGGAUAAGAGACGAAACAGAGCUGCCGAUUCGUGUUGGUGAGGAUGGAAACAGUUUGGUAAGAGAGAACGCUGAUUUGGUACAUUACUAUGACAUAGCUGAAGAACGUUUGGGACUUGCCAUUCCUAGUGCCCCUCUGGUUGUAACUGGAUACUAUCCUCCUAAGUUUCCGAAAUUUGAUCAUAGAUAUUUUGGGGAGUCUGGUGAUCAUUUGUAUUUGAUUGAUGUAUAUGAGGACUCUUCGUCAAAAAAUAAUAUAUAUAAGGAUUGUAAUGCUGAAUUUGAUGUCAUGGAGAUGGGCAAGGACUACUCUGGCUGGUUUGUCAAGUA